ACACACACACACUAGCACUCUCUGACUCCUCCUCGUCGUCGUCGGAAGCUCUCAACCUUCUUUGAAUUCAGAAUUGAAUUGAAAGAUAAAUCUGUUCUUAAAUAUGGUGGAAUCCCAGAAGGAAGAUUCUUCAUCUGUCAACUCAAAACAGAAAAAGUCAUUGCUAGAUUUGGACUUUGGGAAGGAUGACUUUCUGACUUCCUGGAAGUCAACGUCUAUAACUGAAGAUGAUUCUAUGAAUUUGGAUUUUGGGCCUGUUUCAAAAGGCAAGAAGAAUGCAUUCAACUUUGGCAAAAUGGAUGUGGAUUUCAAUCUUGAUGUCGAUUUUGGAAAACUCCCAUCCUUCAACUUAGACAUUCCAGACAUUGAUAUUUCUUCACCGGUUAAAAAGGAUGGCAAAUCCAAGGGAAGAUCCAAUGAGGAGUCUGCAAGUGGAAAUACUCUAGGAAAAGCAGAUCGCUCUGAAUUUACGUUUGAUUUUGGCGAAUUGGAUGGUUUCAAUUUCAAGCCAAGCUCAAAGAAAGAUGAUCCAAAAGUCAAUAAAGGUGAAAAUGAGGAAGAUUCUUUGAACAGAAGAGAUUCUCAGAAAUCUGGGGACUGCCUGGCUGAAGAUCUCGAUGCACAUGCAGAUAGAAAAUUCAGCAAUCUGCCGGCAUCAGGGGAUUUGAUUACUUCGAACCUUGACUCUGAAGUUGGUAGUGGUGCCAGUCCUGAUACGUUGAAUGAGAAUUUCCUUUCUGAGUCUGGAACCCAUGAUGAUGGUUUUCCAAACUCCAAGGCUGCAAUAGAUGAAGUUGCAUCUCCUGAAGAAAUGGCCACACUUAAGAAGACAACAUCCACCAGUGAGAAAGCAUCAAACUGCCAACUAGACAAGUCAGCUUCUCCAAUUACUGAUCAAACCAUACAGCACAAAGCAGUUGAUACAGUACUCAGAAGUGAGUCAGGUCAAGAUACUCUCUUGAAAACACAAGAGGAAGUUAGUCCCAGGGAUGCAAGCCAUAUUGCUAGCUUUGAGAAAGACAAUGGGGAGAGCGAAGUUUGUACUAAUAAUCAUGCUCAUAUUGCCAAUAAAGAGGGAGCUGAGCCUGCUCUGGGUGGAACUUAUGUCGAACCAAUUUUAUCAACUGAUGCCUCAAAAGACUCUAUUACUCAUAGUCAAAUGAAUGUGAAGAACAAGGACAGCUUGGAGCGUUCUACAAGUUCAUUAGAGAGUAGAGCUACAAAUAAUAAUAUGAUGCCAGAGAAAGAAAGGGAGGCGGUUAUUAGGUCAAAAUAUUUUAAGCAACGAGACAAUGCUGAUUCUCGGUUUGAGAAUGCUUCACAUCAGACAAAGCUUUCGUCAGUGCAUGGGAGAUUAAUUGGCACCGGAGAACCAUGUCCUCCGGAUGAAAGCAGGAAUUGCAACUCCAUAGAGUCUAAAAUUGAUAACAUGGUGGCUGGUGUUUCCCCAUCAAGUUCUGAAGUACUGACCAGGAAGGAACAUUCUCAUAUAGGAAGUCAGGAGAACUCUAAAUGUCUUAACACAAAUAGGUGAUGCUUUUCUACUUAGACCCCCACAAAUGACUUGAGUUUUAUGCCUUUAUUUGAAACAUUCAUUUGGUGGAAUUCAAGACUACUCGACCAGGAUGUGAAUAAACGAAUACCUUCAUCCAGAGGAGGUGAAAAGAAUGUUAAAACUCUAGAUUCAUUCAGCUUACGUGUUAAACCUUCGAGUGGAAUGACAAAGAAACCCAGCAAGUUUGGCCGUGAAUUUGGAAACUAGUCAGAUUAGGAAAGACGCAGCUGCGGAAGGAGAUAAAGUCUCUUCUUCUAAAGCUAUUAAGCAGAUGCCUGCUCUUUCUACCCUGACAAUUAAAUCCACAUCUCAGAGUCCUGCAAAAGCAGCAAGUUUGCCCAUGAAUGUGGAAGCUAGUCAUUCUACGAAAGGCAUAGCCACUGAAGGAGACAAAGUCUCCUCUUCUAAUGCUAUAAAGCUGAUGGCUACUAGUUCUGGCCUCACAAUUUUAAGAACUUCUGGAGCAAACCUGGGUUCAUCGAAGUCUGCAGCCCAGAAAGGAAUUGCAGUUUCAGGAGAUAUGCGGCAAAAUAGAUUUUUAGCUGGAAGCACACCAUCCAAGACUCCCAAAGUUGUUGAAAUGAAGAACCAAGCACCAGCCAUCCCCUCUCUUAAGCGAAAAAUAGCUGAGGCUUCUAGUGCAGAUGUGAUCUUAAAUCCAUCAAAGCGUCUCUCAGCAUCACCUAGCAAUGAAAAUUCGGCAGAAAUAGGAAAGCUUGUUGAUGGAGAGGUACGUGGAAAUGGGAAUGUUUCGGAUGGGAAGAGCAUGACUGUGUACAAAAAUCCACAAACUUCCAGAGUAGAUGUGCCUGGGGACAUGAGUGGACUAGAUGCUACCUUCUCUGUAGAAAGUGACAUCAACAUUGAAAAGGCGGAUGCUUGUGCUAAAGGGCUUGAAGAUAUCUGCAACAUGCUAAGAAAGAAACAUGAGGAGGCAAAGGAAAUUUUAGUCCGAGCAAUUGUGACCAACAACAACCUUCUUAUGCUAAACCAUCCUAUCUAUGAACAGAAAAUCAGAAUGGUUCAGAAAUUUGCAAUGCAGCUGAAAAUAAGGGAUGUUCACACUCCAACAUAAUCAGCUAAAGCAGGAAUUGUCAUCUCUAGGUAUUAUCUUCUCUCUUAUCUUUCUGCCUCACAGACACAUGGAUGCCCAUCGAAUGAGCUGGUCAUACUCAACCAGGAGUUAAGAGGCACAUGUAUCUGCAUAGUUCACUAUCUCGAGAGAUUGGAUUCUGCAGUAGUUUGUUUUUUAGCUGCCCUGUUAAUUUUGUUGGUUUCCCAGGGUCAGCAAUAACUGCUGUCCAAUGUCAUGUCCAUAAUUUGCAAACAAGUCUGUCAUUGUGCUCCCCAAAUUCUGGGAAAUUGAAUGAAUUCAAUAUGUUGAAUGCCAAAAAUGUGAAGCAUGGAGUUUUGCCGCUGAUCUCUGCAUAUUGCCAUGGUUAAGGUUGUACAUCCUUUUUGCAGUAUUAUCUGGUUGAAUAAUGCCCACAAGGAGAGUGAUGUAAAUUUUGUGAUGCCUACAACUGAAAUGGAUUAGAUAACAGCAUGAUUCCCUUCACUUGAUUACUUAUGUUGCAGUUGGUGCAGCUAUGCAGUUGAUUACAUUUUUUUUCCCCCUCAUUUUCAAUUUUUCUGGGUUGUUUAUUUCCAAUUAGGUCAUCUGAGUGCAAUUACUGUAAAUCUUCAGCUAAUCUUUUCAUGAAAAUAUUUAGUCCUAUAUACCAAUUUGCCACUGCAAUUUGCAAUUCCCAAUCUGAUGGAAAAAUUUUUUUUUUUCUCCUUUCAAUAUGCUUUGUAGAAUAGGGAUUGAAUCUUUGCUCAUGGUUUUCCGAGCUACUAAAAGUAAAUUGUAAUGAUCAACUCAGAGUACUAGGCAUGUUGCUUUGGAAAAGUAGUUUUAAUCACAUGAACUAGCAUUCGUUUCCAAAGUAUGGUUAUCAUGAAUUUUGACUUUAAUAGUAACCAUAGUACUAGAUGUUCAUUGCUACCUGCCCCAGGCUAGAAUGGUAAAUAUCGCAUGCCCUUGGUAAUUACUGCCAAAAUAGAAGUUUCGGAAAUUAUGAAUUUAUUUGCUUUUGUUUAUGUACAUACAUUAUACUGUAUACAUUAGUUGUUCGUAUUUGGUAGUCUAGUCUGCAAGGGCGGGGAUUAAAAAAAGCUCCGCUGUGGAAAAUUCAAAGCUUCCUCCCUCCUGGGGAGUGUUUUAAUUCUGCAAGACAAAAAAGCUGGCGGGCAUUUUCUCCCUCCCAGUCCUAGACGAGGGGAGAGGACCAUUGGAUUUGGAGUUGGAGGGCUUGUUUGAAUUUUUAACUAUUCGAAAUCAAAACAACGACCAUCUCCAAAGUCCAAACAACUUUUACAUUCGAUUCAACUCUCAAAUUUAAAAUGCAAAUCCCAUCUCCCCUCCAAAACAAAUCCAGUUUCAGUACAAAUACCCCUUCCUAUCCCCACCUCUAAUCUGUCUCUGUAUGACUCUGUCUCUCUUAGCUGUUGCCUUUCUGCAAACUACCCUCGAAUACUCGCACAGAGAAACACAGACAGUGUCAUAAAUGGCUCUACCUUCUCUCUGUGAAUUAAUCAACAAAGAAAACAUCCCAAAAACAGAGGUUCCUGAAGUCAAUUCACAUCCUUCAAUUCAGAGUUUAAAAAAAAGAAGACUACUCUGGAGGAAGCCACUCGAGGACAUUACCAACAUCUUUCACCCUCCAUCUGAACAAUCUGUUCGUUUAAAUCCAUCGUCAGGCACCAUUUCUCCUGUUGUUUCUUGCUCUUGUUUGGCUUGUAAGGUCAAUAACUCCUGUGAUAAUUUACAGGUUUUGAUAUUCCUUUCGAAGACUUCUGUGAAUGGAUCGAGCAUUUUGAGAUUAAGAAAGGGCUUUAGAUAGUGUAAUUUACAGGUUUUGAUAUUCCUCUCGAAGACUUCUGUGAUAAUAGCAGUUAUUCAAUAAAUUCUUCUUGAACGAAGUUGUUCUACAUAGAAUUGACAUCUUAACAACUGUUUUCAGUCUCGAAGUUUGUCCUUUGGUCUUGCUUCAAAUUGCAAGAAUCAAGAUGAAUAUACUUGUCUGUUUAUUGGUGGGUAUUAUUUAUGCA